UUUCGUUUAACACAUUAGAUUGUCCGCCAUCUUACAAUAUUAUGGAACGCAUAAAAAUGCGCUUCAUUGUCUUGAAAAACAAUUUUGAUGAUUUGAGUUGUCAGAAUAUAUCAUCAUAAAUAGGAGUUACAAUUAAAACAAGUGUGUGAUUGCAGACAGGAUGGAAGGUGGAGGUGUAGUUGUACCUAAUCAGGCCAGUGAUCAAGGCUUCUUUCACAUGCCCAAAUUACAGGUUCCAAACUAUCAGAAGCCAAGAGUAUUUGUUCCAACAGGAUUCACACCGCGACCUCCACAGAGUGAUACAACAAAUGCUGCAGGUGAUCCAAAACUGCGCCAGAUCUCUGGUCCUCCUAUCAUGCCAAAUGCUACCCAGUUGUCUGGUACAACUGUGGAUGGAAUGUUUGAUGGGAAAAGAAUCCGGAAAACAAUGGUUCGCAAAACUGUGGACUAUAACACUUCAGUAACUAAAUACUUGGAGAACCGUGUAUGGCAGCGUGAUGGAAGAGAUGCUAGAGCAAUACAGCCUGAUGCCUUGUAUCAGUUAGAGGUGACGCCGCCUUGUGACAUGCAACAGAAGCCCAUGAACUGUCUCACAUCUAAGUUUAUGCGACAGUCAACAAACAAGUUCAGAUGUCCUAUAUUCUGUAUAUCUUGGACUCCAGAAGGUAGAAGAUUGGUGACAGGGGCAUCUAGCGGGGAGUUUACCUUAUGGAAUGGUCUAACGUUUAGCUUUGAAACUAUAUUGCAGGCUCAUGAAACAUCUGUGCGAGCAAUGGUGUGGAGUCACAAUGACCAGUGGAUGUUGACAGCGGACCAUGCAGGCUUCAUCAAGUACUGGCAGUCAAACAUGAAUAAUGUGAAAAUGUACCAGGGACACAAAGAACCUAUACGGUCCAUCAGUUUUUGUCCAACUGAUUCAAAGUUUGCAACAUGCUCUGAUGAUGGUACUGUGAGAGUGUGGGACUUUUUACGCUGUUAUGAAGAGAAAAUAUUAAGAGGUCAUGGUGCAGAUGUGAAAUGUGUGGACUGGCAUCCUCAGAAGUCAUUGAUAGCAUCAGGAAGUAAAGAUAACCAGGUACCCAUCAAACUGUGGGAUCCCAAAUCAGGACAGAGUCUUGCUACAUUACAUGCUCAUAAAUUUACUGUGAUGGAUAUCAAGUGGAAUAGAAAUGGUAACUGGCUGUUGACGGCUGCAAGAGAUCACCUUAUGAAGUUAUUUGAUAUCAGAAACCUGAAAGAAGAACUUCAAGUCUUCAAAGGACACAAGAAAGAGGCAACAUCUGUGGCGUGGCAUCCUAUCAAUGAACAGAUGUUUGCUAGUGGAGGAUCAGAUGGUGCUAUCAUGUUCUGGAAUGCUGGAACAGAGAAGGAGGUUGGAGCUAUAGAGGAAGCCCAUGAGGCAAUUAUUUGGGAUCUGGCAUGGCAUCCAUUAGGUCAUAUACUCACCUCUGCAUCUAAUGACCAUUCAACGAAAUUUUGGACUCGAAACCGACCAGGAGAUGCUAUGAGAGAUAAAUACAACCUCAAUAUAAUGGCUGUAGGUCCAGACGGUGAGAUGUUAGAUAUAGAUGCUGAUGUACCUCUUGGAGAGAACAAAAGUUUACUGCCUGGAAUGGGACUGGAAUUCGGAUUGCCACCAGAACCUGAGAAAAAGCCUAUUGAACCUUUAGAAGAAGAGCUGCCAUCUAUUCCUGGUCUCGAUUGGUCCUCAGAUGCUGAGUUCUUUAAGGAACAGCAAGCGAAGGUUGAAGAACGGCAACCAAGAAAGAAGGCUCCUUACUCGAGACCUAUACCUAAAAGUUUUGAACAAGCCUGGAUAACCAAUCAGCAACCGGGUACACUUAUAAAAGAUGUUGAAGGUAAAAUGAAGAGAGGCAGAAUCCAGUCAUUGCUCUCUCUGGACCUGCCAAACAAACACGUGAAAGAUGAGUAUGAAGAGAGAGGAGGGAGAAUGCCUAAUCCUAAUCUUGUUGAACAUCCAACCAAAGGCUUCAACCCUCUCCCAGAUGAUCAUAAUCCCUAUUUAGAUGAUGAAGAUGAUCAGUAUCCUGAAAUGGACGAGGAUUACCGUGGUGAUCAAGAUUUCCGAAGUGACCAAGAUUUCCGUCAGGACCAGGAUAUGAGAGGGGAUCAGGAUUUCCGGGGCGAUAUGGACUUCAGGCCAGCUGAUGGGGGUGGGGGUAAUUUUCAAGGUCAAGGAAUGGGUUCUCAGUUUCAAGGAUCUCAACAAGGAAACUUUGGUGGUGGGCCCAGGGGUAGAGGUAGGGGUGGAGGUCAAAGGCAAGGCUUUCAAGGGGACAGAAAUUUUGGACAUGAAGGUGGUUAUGAGGAUAUGGACCUUGAUGAACAGAACUAUAAUUCUGGACAAAAUAACAGACAGUCAGACGGUGGAGGUCAGCAGAGAUUUGGGCAGAAAAACCCACCAAGUUUAAUGGAUCUUAGUUUUGAUCCGAAUGAAUCUGCUGACUUCAUUGUGAAAGAUAAAAGUCCUGGGCCAAAGGGCAGGGGUCGUGGUGGACAUGGGGAAAGAGGUAGCAGAGGGGGACAGGAAGGAUUCAAAAACCGGGGGAGAGGUGGCAAUAAGAGGUAUGAUGAGAGAGGUGGGAGGGGUAAUUGGAACGAAGAGAGUGAUAGCAGUUUUAGUGAAAAUAAUGACAGCUUUAAUGAUUCACAAGGAAGUAAUAAGAGCAGCUAUAGAGGAGGAGGCAAUCAAAGAGGUGGUAGAGGAAACUUUAGAGGAAGUGAUUCUUAUAGAGGGGGUGAGAGGAGAGGAGGUAGGGGUGGACAGAGGGGUAACUACAGAGGAGGCGGCGAUAGAGGUGGUGGAAGAGGAGGUGGCGAUAACAGAGGUGGAGGAAGAGGAGGUGGUGAUAACAGAGGUGGUGGAAGAGGAGGAAGGGGACGAGGGCGGGGUGGUCGUUGAAUGUGAAUUUGUAUAUAAAACUACUAUAGUGUCUUGAAAAGAUUAGGUUAUCUUGGAGUUUGAGAAACAGCUUAAAUAUUUAAUAUGACAGCUUUGUCAAACAACAAAUACACAAUGAAUUAAUAAAAGACCUCCAUAUUGAGGUGUUGGAUAUAUAUUACAAAUUGAUGAUUGCAGUAACUAAAAGUCUCAAUUGUAAAUAAGAAUGGAAAAGUGUAAGUAGUGUUAAAUAAGGAGGAGUUUGGCACUGUGGAAGAAUGACAUGAACAGAAGUCAGGGUGCCACGAGUACUGCCAUUACUAAGAUUCUGAUGAGAAUUCAUAGCUUAUAUAGGAGUUAUAACAAAAUGAAGUGCUUAAUGUUUUCUAUACAAGUGAGGAUGACUUCAUCCAAAGUUUGUUUAAUUGUAUACUAAACAGCAAUACUAAUUGAGCCGUGCCAUGAGAAAACCAACAUAGUGGGUAUGCGACCAGCAUGGAUCCAGACCAGCCUGCGCAUCCGCGCAGUCUGGUCAGGCUCCAUGCUGUUCGCUUUUAAAGCCUAUUGGAAUUGGAGAAACUAUUAGCGAACAGCAUGGAUCCUGACCAGACUGCGCGGAUGCGCAGGCUGGUCUGGAUCCAUGCUGGUCGCAUACCCACUAUGUUGGUUUUCUCAUGGCGCGGCUCAAUUAGCUUACUUUUGUUAACCUCAGUUAUGUUUGAAACAGACACAGAAAAACAAGAAGUUGUCAUGAAAUUAUAAAGGUGAAACCAGUCCUUAUGCAGGAAGGUCUGAUUUCCUUGUUGUUCUGAGCACAGUCUACAAAUUGAGUGAUCACAUAGCUGGAUUCUAAUGCUAGUCUCUUCAGAUAUAUUACCUUCAAGUCAGACUUUGCAUAGUUGUAACAGUUACUGAUUUUUGCAGUAUUAUUGUGAUGGUGUAUAGAUACAUGUGUACAUGUUCAUUGCUAUAUAAAUUGCAUGAUGUAUAUUUCUUUCAUGUUCUUCCUUUAAUGAAUACUCUUCAAAAGGUUUUUCUAUUACAAAUGUAACAAAAGUUCUGAGUAAAUACAUAAAAAAAAUGAGAUCUGGAAUCCUUAGAUCAUAAAAUUCAGUAAUAUACUUUGAUGUUUACUGUAUAAUAAUACAUUGUUAUAAGGGCAUUAAAAAUCAUAAAUGCAAACAUUAUAUCGCAUUAAAGAUUCUGUACAUAAUACCACUUCAAACAUACAAGUGCCACCUUAUUUUUGUGUAUGUGUUUAAGGUAGUUCUGUAUAUAUCAUAAACUGGAAGUAAUGAUUUAACAACAUUUAUCCGGAUAAUGUAGUAAAGAAAAUGGACUAAUUGCAACCCUUGAGUAAAUGUAUUAAAAUAGCAAUCAUUUUAAAGAUAAAUAUAUUAAAACACUUGACAUGUUAAAUUAUUUCCAGUGAUGUCUCCCAAGUAUAUUCUGAAAUCUUGGAAAAAUCAGUCUAUACAAAUUCUACAUAAUAGAAAAAAUUACUUGAACACGCAGAACUACCUUAAACUGAUGCACCAUUCAUGAUCUGUUUCUGUAACAUAGAGUUUUGUACACUUUAUUCCACUUGCAAUAUUAAGGCGCUGCAUAUCAUUGUUCGUUCAUAAUGUUUCCGUUACACCAGCAGUGUUUGAUUGCUGGUGUCUCAUCAUUAUAUCUAAAAUCUGUUACAGCAUUUCGUUUGUCUCAAGGUGGUCAGGUAUUAAUAUUGUUAGAUUAUUCUUUCUUUAAACUGUAAUAUUAAUGUAUUUGCCAAGCGUAAAAAAUCCGGAAAAAAAACACAGUUCCCAAAAAAAAAACCAUAAGUUCACUUCACAGUUUAGUCAGGUGUGAACAUGUGACCUCACAGUCUAGUGUUGGCCUCAGUGUAUGUGAACUUGUCACCUCCCAGUUUGGGUUGACUAACAAAGGCGAUAACUUGUCAACUUAUAGUUUAUAGUGUUGGCGUAGGUACUGUUUGAACUUGCCACCAAAACCUCAACCACUAUUGUUAUAAUGUACAGAUACUAACAUAUACAAGAACUUUAAGACAGAAUUGGUGUUUGAUAAGCUUAUUAAUAUACCAUACUCGUGUAGAUAAAGAAAACACUGGGUGCACUGUUCAGCACAGUUACUUAAGUGUUGUUAAUACUUUUAUAAGUUUUGAGUACAAUAUUUAACUUUUCAUAAAGAUAAGGGUAAAUUUUGAUAUAUAUAAAAUGUGAAGUCAUAAAGUUUUGGCAACAUUAAACUUUGGUUUUCACCAAACGGCUUUUACAAGGACUUGAAUUUAAAAUUUAAUAUGCAUUUCGUUUAUUUAUUUCACUGAUUGGUGUAAGCAUGAAAAUCAUCCACAAAUUGUAUUAUUCCUUGGUUUAUUCCUGUAUGCAAAUACAUUAUAUUACCAAAGAUCAUCAUUGUUGUUACAUAGAUCACCUUUUUGCAUAUUUGUAUGUUUAUUGUUUUUGUUUUUGAAACCUCAGCAUACAAAAUUUGAGAAUUAUAACUGAGGACCUGAUAAAUUGCUCGAAUAAGUCUGGAUGCUCCAGUAGAGAGUAUGCAUGCUUGAAUGAGUCUGGAUGCCCAAGUGAGUCGGGAUGCUAGUCGAGUGAGUCCGCAUGUUUGAAUGAGUCGGGGAUGCUAGUCGAGUGAGUCUGCAUGUUUGGAUGCUAGUCAAGUGAGUCUGCAUGCUCGAGUAGUGAGUCUGCAUGCUCGAGUAGUGAGUCUGCAUGCUUGAAUGAAUCUGGAUGCUCCAGUGAUUCAAAUUUGAUGCUCCAGUGAGUGUGGAUGCUCAAGUAGGUCUAGAUGCUUGAGUGAGUCUAGAUCCUUGAGUGUCUGGAUGCUUGAGUCAUCAGUGUUUGAGGGAGUGGCAUUUCACUGUAUGUAGAAGUUUCCAUUAUAUGCCCAGUCAACCAGUUAGUAUACAUGUUUUUUUUGUUUUGGAUGGUUAGCCAUUUUUUAAUGAGGAACAGUUGCUGCUAACUGGAAAAGAUUCUGCCUUAUAUGUGAUGUACAUGAACUAGUUCAUGUUAGGUGAUUUUAAAUACAUGUAACACAGUCUAACUUGUAUAUAGUUCCUAUUGAAGGGACUGUCAGUAGUUACAAUUCAGACUGGUUACCAUUAUAUCCAGGUUGUUGGUACAAAGUUGAAAAAAUUUCAAAUUUUUAUACUAAAUAAUACAAUGUUGAAAUCAAACUCUACUGUAGAAUGAUGCAGUGUUCAUUUCUAAAAUAUAAGAAGACUUCUACUUUUUGAGGAAUAGGUACUUUCUCGUAAAUGCCAAUGGCUUUUAAUCUUUAACUAUAACUUGUUUUAUGUUAUAGUGUUACUUUUGAAAUAUGUUAACAAUUCUGAUAUGCCAUCUGUAGUGGACAACAAUAUGAGCCGUGCCAUGAGAAAACCAACAUAGUGGCUUUGCGACCAGCAUGGAUCCAGACCAGACUGCGCGGUCUAGAUCCAUGCUGGUUGCAAACCCACUAUGUUGGUUUUCUCAUGGCGCGGCUCAAUUAUUGUGAUCUUUUGUUGUUUUGAGCAAUUUAAGUCUGCUGCUGGCAAACAAUCGUAUUAUUUCACACACAUUUUGUUGAUAUAGAAGAAAUUUAUUUACACUGAAUUCCAACGGUUAGACAUAAAGAUGACUAUUCAAAGGAGGUUCACAUUACACACAGGUGACCACUAAUGCAGGUUAGACUGUGUAUUUCCAUUGAUUACAUGUAUGUGAGGCUAUGCUUGGUUUCAAGGUUCAAUUUUUUUAGCUGGACUAUUCAAAGAAUAGUCUAGCUAUUCUACUCACCCUGGCGUUGGCGUCGGCGUCACACCUUGGUUAAGUUUUUGCAUGCAAGUACAUACAGCUAUCAUUUAAAGGCAUAUAGCUUUGAAACUUAUUUAUUCUUUUUCUAGGUCAAUUACCAACCUCACUGGGUCAAGUUCCAUAACUCUAACAUGUAUUUUGAGCAAAUUAUGCCCCCUUUUGGACUUAGAAAAUUUUGGUUAAAGUUUUACAUGCAAGUUACUAUCUCCAAAACUAAUGCAGAUAUUGAAUUGAAACUUCACGUGUCUUCGGGGUUAUAAAACUAGUUGAUAGCACCAAGUCCCAUAACUCUGACCUUCAUUUUGGCCAAAUUAUGCCCCCUUUUGGACUUAGAAAAUUCUGGUUAAAGUUUUGCGUGCAAGUACAUACAGCUAUUACUAAAAGGCAUAUAGAUUUGAAACUUAUUUUUUCUUUUUCUAGAUCAAUUACCUACCUCACUGGGUCAAGUGCCAUAACUCUGACAUGUAUUUUGGGCAAAUUAUGCCCCCUUUUGGACUUAGAAAAUCCUGGUUAAAGUUUUACAUGCAAGUUACUAUCUCCAAAACUAAUGCAGAUAUUGAAUUGAAACUUUACAUGUGUCUUCGGGGUUAUAAAACUAGUUGAUAGCACCAAGUCCCAUAACUCUGACCUUCAUUUUGGCCAAAUUAUGCCCCUUUUUGGACUUAGAAAAUUCUGGUUAAAGUUUUGCGUGCAAGUACAUACAGCUAUUACUAAAAGGCAUUAUAGAUUUGAAACUUAUUUUUUCUUUUUCUAGAUCUAUUACCUACCUCACUGGGUCAAGUCCCAUAACUCUGACAUGUAUUUUGGGCAAAUUAUGCCCCCUUUUGGACUUAGAAAAUCCUGGUUAAAGUUUUACAUGCAAGUUACUAUCUCCAAAACUAAUACAGAUAUUAAAUUGAAACUUCACAUGUGUCUUCGGGGUUAUAAAACUAGUUGAUAGAAUCAAGUCCCAUAACUCUGACAUGUAUUUUGGGCAAAUUAUGCCCCCUUUUGGACUAAGAAAAUUCUGGUUAAAGUUUUGCGUGCAAGUACAUACAGCUAUUACCAAAAGGCAUAUAGCUUUGAAUCUUAUUUAUUCCUUUUCUAGGUCAGUUACCAGCCUCACUAGGUCAAGUUCCAUAACUCUUAACAUGUAUUUUGAACAAAUUAUGCCCCCUUUUGGACUUAGAAAAUUCUGGUUAAAGUUUACAUGCAAGUUACUAUCUCCAAAACUAAUGCAGAUAUUGAAUUGAAACCUAACAUGUUUCUUCGUGGUUAUAAAACUAGUUGAUAGCAUCAAGUCCCAUAACUCUGAUAUGUAUUUUGGUCAAAUUAUGUCCGCUUUCGAACUUAAAACUCUUUUGAUAUUUAACAUUUUGGGUAACAAUUUCCUGCUUCUGUGACAAUAUUUCGAAUAGUCGAGCUUGGCUGUCUUACGGACAGCUCUUGUUUUUUCUGGCAGUUGCAGAGUUGCCUUUGUCUGUCCGUUCGUCCGAAUUUGUGUUGUGCAUAUCUCAAGAAGUAUCUGAACCAGUCAUAAGACCUCACAGGAUUGUCAUCCAGCAUGUAAUGUUGUGCACCUUGUGUUUGAUUGGAGUUUCACACAUCCAUACCAGAGUUAUGGCCCUUGAUUUAGUCAAAAUAUGCAUAAAAGGGGGCUAUAACUUUUUUGUGGCAUGUAUCUCAAAAAGUAUUUGACUUAGAAUUAUGAAACAUGAAAGGAAUAUUACUGAGCAUGUGAAGUUAUGCACCUGGGGUUUUGUUUGAGAUUUUUGUCUACAGCUCUUGACUUAGUCAAAAGUACUUAAGUUUGUAUCUCGCAAAGUAUUUGAUUUAUAAAAUAAUAGAUGAUUGUUUCAUAUCAUGUGAAGUUGUGCAUCUGGUUUUCUGUUUGGGUGUUCAUUCAACCAGAUCAGAGUUAUAGUACUUGACUUAGUUGAAAUUUUAAAGUUUGUCUUGCAUAUUUCACCUCGAGUCAUGAAAUCAUGUACAUUGUCAGGUAGUUGGGGGCACUAGUGUCCUAUAGACACAUAUUAUCUAGUUAUACCUAAGUUCUUUCUAGUGCAAAUAAUUGAGAACUGGCUAUGUGUAUACCAUUUUUGAAUUACCAGUUCUGUCAUGUACAUUUAUACACAUUUGUAAUGAUUGGUGUCAUGAACAUUGUUUCUGAAUUAAUGUACAUUUUGUAUAAUUGAGGACUGAUGUUAUGUACAUUGUUUUUGAAUGGUCAUUUUUGUAUAAUUGAGGACUGAUAUCUUGCAUAUUGUGAAUGAUGAAAUCACAAUAAAUAAUUCUCCUAUG